UGCCACCAGGCAGGGCACGCUUUGGGGAGGGGGGGUGGUGGGGGGGGUGGGGGUUCCCCGGGGUGCACGUGCGGUUGGUUGGGCGCGUGGCUCCGCCGAGGCUCCCGGCGAGAGCGCAGCUGCUGGGUGCCGUGCGUGGUGUCCGUGUCCCGUGCCCCCCCUGCCCCCAGCCGCUUCCCUGCCACGGUGGGGACACCCCCCCCGCCCCGGUUUUUUUUCCCCGGGGCCAUGCUGGGUGGUGCGGAGCGGGGCGCGGGGCGCCUGCGGAUCUGCGAGCGGACCAAGCUGCUGCUGGUGGAGAUCGACACGGUGGCGUGUUGCAGCCCGGCUGCCGGCAUGGCCGCGGGGUGCCGGCCCGCACCCCCCUGGACCUACCGCCGCAUCGCCGGGGAGUACGCGUACCUGGAGAAGCGCUUCGUGGCAGAGCUGGCCCCCCCUUGGUCCCCGGCACCCCCUGCUCCCCCCCGCCGCCUCCAGGACUUCGGCAGCUCACCCCCCCCAGCGUGUGAGACCCAACCCCGGGCACCCCCCACCCGCUGCCCCCCGGGACAGCCUGAGGGGACGGGGGGGGGCAGCGGACCCCGGAGCCAGCACCCCCCUUGUCCCCCCCGCCCUCCGCUGCCAGGGAGCAGGCAGGGCCCCCCCACCUAUGAAGCCCACAUGCAGCGGGUGCAGGCAGCCCACACCCGCCGCGGUGGGCCCCCCCCUUACAUCUCGCCCCCCGCCUAUGAUGCUCCCCACCGCACCCUGCAGCUCCGGCCUCCCCGGGGACCGCGGAGCCCCCCCCCAGCGCCCCGGGGCCGGGGGGCUGUGCCGGGGGGCUGGAGCCACACGCUGCCCCGAGCGGCCACCGAGGCCGGGCACCGGCGGCCCCGUGGGCUGCAGCCAUCCCUGGGGGGGCCCAGCACCCCCCGGCACAGCCAGACGCUGCCCCGGGUGACAGCGGGCCGGGAGCGGGGGCCGGGGCACGGGAGGGGGCGGCGUGGGACGGGGGGGCACGUCCUCAUCGAUGCCACCCGCGUGGUGGUCCGGGCUCAGUACGUCCCCCCCCCACAGCGGCAGCAGGUUCACUAUGCCGGGGGGUCGCCAGGGCCCAUCGCACCCCCGGGCAGCCCCCCCAGCGCUGGCACCCCUCCAGCAGCACCUGACCCCCCCCGGGACCCCCCCCAGGGGUCCCCCGGCAGCCCCCGCGUUCCGUGGCAGAACCCGGGUGGCUGCGGGGGUCCCCGGGGCCGGCCCCCCCCGCGGCGGCCGGUGCUGUACGCCCAGGCGCUGCGCGAGGCCGUGUCCCGCAUCCGGCGGCACACGGCGCCCGACUCCGACUCAGAGGCCGAGGGGGGGCCGGGGGGGUCCCGCUGGCGGCACUGCCGCGACGCCCAUGCCUACAGCAGCAGCAGCAGCAGCCUGGAGAGCACCGGCCCCGCCCCGGGGGCUGCCAGCCCCCCCCGGGCUUGAAAGGUGGGGUCUGCAAGGGUGUGGUGCCCCCGGGGGGGGUGGGGCUUGGAGGGGUGUGGUCCAGCC